AGGGAAUUAGCUCCAGAUUGUAAGGGACGGAGGAGGAAGAGAGAAGAGGAGGGGGGGGGCUUUCAAUAGCUUCGCUGUUGUAUAUAGUGCAUGUCUGUCUCAUUUAUUUUGUAGCAAUCCAUCUUUUUUUUGUGUCGUUUAGCUUUUACGUGCCUGCCAACGUCCCGUUUAUGCACACACGCGUACGUAAAUAGCGGUGAGCCCUAAAAGCCAUACGAGAAGAGGAACAAAAUGCACAUUUGGACUAUAUAGUUUAUUUUUUUCUAUUCUUAUUUGACAUUUCAAAGUCAAGGUGGAGUCAUGGCGAUGCAAUUGUUUCUACUGGUUCUCCACAUUCUACCAUCUCUUGUUGUUCCCAUACAUAAUUCAUCAACUGGAGGCUGUGCCAUCAUCCGGCCUCCGAGGGAAGGAGGCAUCCGCUACAGAGGCCUGACGCAAGAGCAGAUUCGCAGUGUUCAGAUCUUACCCAUGGAUUAUGAGAUUGAGUACAUCUGCCGCGGGAAUCGCGUCAUCGUCGGGCCUAAAGUCAGGAAGUGUUUGCCCAACGGCACGUGGACAGACAUGACGCAGCACAGCAGCUGUCUAUUGCUGUGUCCUCGGGUCUGGACGUCUCUGGAGAACGGUCAGGUGACAGUGAGACCCCCGGGACCUCCGGUGGAAGGCUCGGUUCUGCACUACCGCUGCCACAGCGGCUUCAUUCUGGAGGGCCGUAAUGUCAGCCACUGCACCAAACUGGGAAAAUGGGACGCACCUAAACCCAUCUGCCUUUAUGACAAAAACAGCACAGGCAAGAAGAAGCUGUAUAUCGGCGCGCUGUUCCCCAUGAGCGGCGGCUGGCCCGGCGGCCAGGCGUGCAUGCCUUCCGCCCAGAUGGCGCUGGACCUGGUCAACAACCGCAGCGACAUCCUGCCCGACUACGAGCUGGAGCUCAUCCACUACGACAGCAUGUGCGACCCGGGCGAGUCCACCAAGCUGCUUUACGACCUCCUCUACACGGAGCCCAUCAAGAUCGUGCUGCUGCCCGGCUGCAGCGGCGUCUCCACCAUCGUGGCCGAGGCGGCUCGCAUGUGGAACCUCAUCGUGCUUUCGUACGGCUCCAGUUCGCCAGCUCUGUCCAACCGCCAGCGUUUCCCUACUUUUUUCCGCACGCACCCGUCAGCCACGCUGCAUAACCCGACCCGGGUUCAGCUCUUCCAGAAAUGGAAGUGGACCCGCAUCGCCACCAUCCAGCAGACCACCGAAGUCUUCACCUCGACUCUGGACGAUCUGGAGCAGCGAGUCAAAGAGGCCGGCAUCGAGAUCAGCGUUCGCCAGAGCUUCCUCACCGACCCGGCUGUGGCUGUCAAAAACCUGAAGCGUCAAGACGCCAGGAUCAUUGUGGGUCUAUUUUACGAGACCGAAGCCAGGAAGGUAUUUUGUGAGGUAUUCAAGGAGAAACUCUACGGGAAGAAAUACGUUUGGUUCCUGAUCGGCUGGUACGCCGACAACUGGUUCAAGAUCAAGGACCCGACCAUCAACUGCACCGUGGAAAACAUGACGGAGGCCGUGGAGGGUCACGUGACCACCGAGAUCGUCAUGCUCAAUCCCGAGACCGUCCGGGGCGUAUCCAACAUGACAUCCCAGGAGUUUCUAGCCGCCUUAAUCUCCCGCCUGGGUGUGAUGAAUCCCGAAGAGACGGGCGGUUUCCAGGAGGCCCCGCUAGCUUACGACGCUAUCUGGGCUUUGGCGUUGGCCCUUAAUAAGACGGUGGCGCCACUCAAGGCCAAGGGGCGACGGUUGGAAGACUUCAACUACAACAACAAAGACAUCACGUCGGAGAUCUACCGUGCCCUCAACACCAGCUCCUUUGAAGGCGUUUCGGGCCAAGUGGUGUUUGAUGCUCAAGGUUCCAGGAUGGCCAUGACUCUCAUUGAACAGCUUCAAGAGGGCAGCUACAAAAAGAUCGGCUACUACGACAGCUCCCAGAAGAACCUCUCGUGGUUCGGCAAGGACGUGUGGAUCGGGGCGGGGCCUCCGGCGGAUCGCACGGUGGUGGAGAAAGAGUACCGCUUCCUGUCGCAGAAAUUGUUCGCCGCCGUGUCGGUGUUUGCCGGCCUCGGCAUCUUGCUGGGCAUCGUCUGUCUCACCUUUAACAUCUACAACGGCAACGUGCGCUACAUCCAGAAUUCUCAGCCGUACCUGAACAACAUGACGGCGGCGGGCUGCAUGAUGGCUCUGGCCGCCGUCUUCCCGCUCGGCAUCGACGGACAUCACGUACACCGAUCGCAGUUCCCCGUCGUCUGCCAGUUCCGUCUGUGGCUGCUGGGUUUGGGCUUCAGCUUGGCGUACGGCAGCAUGUUCACUAAGAUCUGGUGGGUCCACACCCUCUUCACUAAGAAAGAGGAAAAGAAGGAGAAGAGGAAGCAACAGCUGGAGCCGUGGAAACUCUACGCCACGGUGGGCGUGCUCCUGGGUGUGGACUUCCUGUCGCUGGUCAUCUGGCAGAUCGUGGACCCGCUGCACAUCACUGUCGAGGAGUUCACCAGGGAGGCCCCCAAAGUGGACUUGGAUGUCUUGAUCCAGCCCCUGCUGGAGCACUGCAGCUCGGAAAAGAUGAACACGUGGCUCGGUGUGGUUUACGGCUACAAGGGCCUGUUGCUGCUGCUCGGCAUCUUCCUGGCUUACGAGACCAAAUCUGUGUCCACGGAGAAGAUCAAUGACCACCGGGCAGUGGGGAUGGCCAUUUAUAAUGUGGCGGUGCUGUGUCUGAUCACGGCUCCGGUGACGAUGAUCCUGUCGUCUCAGCAGGAUGCCUCUUUCGCCUUUGCGGCCCUGGCCAUCGUCUUCUCGGCCUACAUCACCCUGGUGGUGCUCUUUGUGCCAAAAAUGCGUCGUCUGAUCACGCGCGGCGAGUGGCAAUCGGAGCAGCAGGACACGCUCAAGACGGGAUCAUCCACCAACAACAACGACGAGGAGAAGUCGCGGCAGCUGGAGAGAGAAAAUAGAGAGCUGCAAAAAAUCAUACAAGAGAAAGAGGAACGUGUGAGCGCUCUGCGUAACCAGCUGGCCGAGAGACAAGCUCUCCGCAACCGCCGCCGCCCAUCCACCGGCCAGACCCAGAACCACAACGCCCCGCUGCUGCCGCCCUUGUCCCAGACGGACCCCAAGUCCCUGCUGCCCCCGCCCGGCUACCCGAGCGCCGACAAUCACUCGCUGCCGCCGUCUUUCUCCAACUCAUCCAACUUGUACCCGGCAGAGAGCAAGAUGAGCCGCAACCACUGUCACAAUAGUCAGAUUCCGCUACUUUACAAGUAGACCGGACCCUGGGAAAAAACACCAGACCCUGGAACUCAUCACGGGGAAGGGGGAGCACACUGGGGCAUCCACACCACUUGACAGAGUCAGCCCAAGGCCUACGAUAGCUAAGCACCUGCCAAGGACCCCCCACGACCACUAGGGGGCAGACAGGAGCAAUUUCGGGUUGAGUAUGAUUGCGUGUGUGUCCUGUUUGUGUGUCCCAUGUGUGUAUGUGGGAGUCUCCUGUUAAGUGCGUCACCUGCAAGUAUGGAUCCGAUUCCAUCUGACUGAGAGUGUGUGUGACUGUCUUUGUUUGAAAUUUAACAAUGAAUGGCGGCUUGGGCCGGCUCUGCCACCUGACACUGUGACUUGUUAUCGGCGCUCGGUCGCCGUGGCAAUAGCAAGCACAUCCCCACACUCAAACCUCUCCAUCAUGCAGAGCUUUUGGGGGAGACGUUCCGGAACUUUUGUGUCUUCACUACACACACCCACACACUUGUUCUCCGUGGUCCUGUUUUUGUCACGUGCGUUGCGUCAAGAAAUUUUCAGCCAUAAAGUGGAGACUGGAUGAGGACGGCGAGUAAAUAUCAUAGAGACUUUUGUCAGCUGUUACAGUGGCAGUAAAACUGAAAUGUACCCGCAUGCGCAAAGAACUUUCUACUUGUGUACAUAAAUGAACACGACAAGCACAGCUGAGAUUUUUACCUUACAUUUGUAUUAUUAUUUCUGUUGUUGUCUUUUUGGUGAAGUAAAGCACUUGCCCACUUUUAGAAGCUCUACUAUGUCAAUUUAGUUACACUUUUUUUUCCCCC